ACAGCUUGGUUUGGCUGCAGGUGUGAGGAAAAUCCAACACACUGUUGGGAAAGACAACUGAAACAACAGUAUACAACUCAACUUUGAGAGGAAGAACUCUCCUUUUUCUUUGACUUGCUGUCGAAGAGACGAGGAUGAGAGGCCCACUGCAGCUGCUCAUGGGACUGAUGGUCAUCACUGCCUGCUCUCAGUCUCUCUGUGCGUUACAAACUUGCAGUGAGGAGGUGGCUCGUCUGAGGGAACAGGAGAAUCUCCUGAAGGGCCUGCUGGAGAAACAAGAGCUCCUCCUCCACAGAUUACAAUCGCUGAACCAACCUGUCGACAACAACAAAGUGAACCAGACCCAGGACACUGAGUAUGCAGAUUGCUCCCAGCUUUUCACCUCCGGCUUCAGAUCCAGUGGAUUCUACAGAAUCAAAACCAGCAGAGUGUACUGUGAUAUGAGUGAAGGAGGAGGUUGGACUGUCAUUCAGAGACGCAUCAAUGGAAGUGAGACAUUUAACAGGUCCUGGGCGGAGUACAAAGAAGGUUUUGGAGACAUGAACUCAAAAUCAGGAGAGUUUUGGCUUGGAAAUGACAACCUGCAUCACAUCACUGCACAAGGGAAUUAUUCUUUGAGGAUAAACCUGGAAGACUUUGAUGGUGGCCAGCGCUAUGCUGAGUACAAGAACUUCAAAGUGGCCGAUGAAAAGGAUCACUACCGACUCACGGUUGGAGCCUAUGUAGGAACAGCUGGAGAUGCUCUGUGUGGAGGUUUCCAUGUUGGUGUCUCGGAGUGGGCGAGUCACCAGGGCAUGAAGUUCAGCACCUACGACCAGGAUAAUGACAACUACAAAGGCAACUGUGCCCAGGAAGACGAAGGAGGCUGGUGGUUCAACAAGUGUCACUCGGCUCAUCUUAAUGGCAUCUACUACCCCAGUGGUCACUACAGUGCAGUGACAGAUAAUGGUAUUAUUUGGUACACAUGGAGAGGGUGGUGGUAUUCUCUGAAGACCAGCAUCAUGAAGCUGCGACCCACUGACUUCAAAAUUGACCCCAUUGACGACCCCAAUGCUGUAAAUCACAGUCCAUCUUAGUAGAUCAGACAUGAGCAGAUAUCAAAUUGAAUUAUUUUAGGGCUAAAACAGUUUGUCAAGCCAUAUUGUUUUAAUUGGUGUAAAAUCCCAUUUGAAUUUAAAAAUAAGUCAAAACAAUAGACUGUGAGUAAAGACAAAUGAUGCGUCUCCACUUCCUCCCACUGCAAAAAAUGAAGUAAAAAUAUCCAGGCUGUGGAUGUUGCCAUCGCAACCUAUUUUGAGUCAGAGUCUGAGCAUAAGUGAUCGUAGAGUGGAGUUGUGGCAUUGAGGUCCCGCCAAUACACCACCCCAACCAAUCACCUGUCAGUCUCAGCUGUCAAUCAUAACAUUUCACUCGUUUUUUAUAGCAUCAAAUAACUAAUUCAAACCAAACUUAUCAGAAAAAUGAACACCUGAACAAACAUAAAUGUGAUAAGAACUACCUAAAAUGACACAAACUUUUUCUUUGGGGAAGAAAAUCAUUCAUAAUGUACUAUUUUUUACUAUGGCUCAGGUUCGAUCUGAUGAUAUGGAGAAGCCAGAAUUUUUUACAUAUACUGCAGACAGCCACCAGGAGGCGAUCAAGAUUUUUUCGGCUUGACUUUUGGGGAGCUGUCAUAAUUUCCAUCUUUAUAUACAGUGUGUAAACCUUAUUUCAUGAUCCUCUUAAUAUUAUGUGAACCUAUUAAGUUCCAUCUGGUUAUUCUGCUAAGCAGUAACUAUAUGAGCAGUGUAUGAAGCCAAGAUGAACCAAUGAACCAAUCAGUCAAAAGUCUGAAGUGGUAGAUGAAACUGCACAUCUUAACAAUAUAGUUGAAAUGUCGGUAGCUUACAUAGCAAUAUCUAAAUGUGUAAAAGGUAGUUUGCAUCGUCAGGAGUUGUGAAACACUGACAAGAAUGUUGCAAGGGGAAGUGGAAUGCACACACAGCUGUCUGUUUUGGUGUAUAAAGGGAAAUCUGAUGCUGAUGUGGGUUUUUGUGUGUGUGUGUGUGUGUGUGUGCGUGCGUGCGUGCGUGCGUGCGUGCGUGUGAGCUACAGACAGAAACAUCAGACUGAAGAGGUGAAAAGAGCCAUUCCCAUGUCACUGUAACAAGAACAUAGCAGCUUUUCAUCUGUUUAAUAAUAGCAUGGAGUGAGCUCAGAACUGGUAAUUGUCAUAAAGAUGAACAUUAACUCUCUAUGUAUCACAAACAACAAAUAAAUGAUUCCUUUUAUGGCUUUAAUUUA